AUGGCCGCAUGGCACGAGGUGGCCGCGCUCACCGGCAAGGCACAGCGCUUCUUGCGCGCCCAACUCUCCCAGACCCUUGUAGCGGGUUUGGCCGCCGACCACAAUCUAUGGAUCUACGAGGCCGACACUCGUGAGAGCGCUGGCAAUGUCAAAUUGCCCGCCGACGCCUCCCAUGCCGUCUUCUUCCUGCCUCCCAACCCCCAAGACCUGCCCACCAAGGAACUCAUCAUGCAGUCCAUCGUCGUCUACACCACUGAUGUCACGGUUGUCAUCAAGCCCUUUAGCAGCAAUCUGGGCGCCACGCCGACUGCGGCUGCCAUGCUCCCUUCUGCCCCCUUGGACCUGGUCAUUGUCGAUGAAGCCAAGGGCAUCUUUGCUUGCAUCCUCAAGGACGGCGUGCAUUUCUUCCACGUGGACCUUGAGACUGCUCAGGUUGCCUCAUUGGGCAUUUCCCCACUGGAUGGCGCCCCAGUCCUCACCACCCUGAUCCCUGCCCUUGCCCUCGUCACCCUGAACUCGGCGAGCCAAGUCACUUGCCAUUGUGUGGAUCAAUUCGAGAAUCCCACCAUCUUGGAUCUGCCCAAACUGGCCCAGGAUGCGGUCGUUCGGGACGUGUGUGCAUGGGGUCACAGCCUCUAUCUGCUUGAUGCUCGCACAAACGCCACUUUGCUGUGCCUGGACGACUAUCGUCGCCACGGCGCUUCAUUUCGACAGAUGCCCCUGAGCCUGCCCGACAUCUACGAGCUGCCCACUGAGCGUGGUGUCACCAUGUGUGCCGGCCCGGGCCGCAUUUACUUGUGCUUGCAACAACGCAAAUCAACUCACUAUGAUGUUCUCACCAUUGCCACCAAGUUCAAUCGCAUCAUCAACACUCAACAAGCCCUUACGGUCCCCAGCAAGAAACAGCACCCGCUGGCCUUUGCCAGCUCAGAGGAGGCGCUCGUGGUUGUCACUUCCCAGCACAUGUAUGCCAUGCCCCUGACCGAUGAGGAUCGUCGGGAGGUGACCCUCGCCACUUUGCUGACCACCGGCAACGUGGCAACCCCUGUCGUGCAAGAGCCGACCAAUGCCGAUACCGCUGAAUCGCAGCUGCAGUCGCUCCUGCAGCAACAAGCGUCCAUGACCGACGAGGCUUUUGCCGAGGCCUGCCGACAGUGGGUCAGUUUGACGCAGCCGUCGGCGGAUCAAGUUGCGCGUUUGCUUCGUCAACUCGUUCGAGACCAGCGUCACCUCACUGAGGAGGUGGUUCGCGUCUGCCUGACCCACGCCCCCAUCAAUGGCUGGGACGUACCGGGCUUGCUACCUGUGCUGGUGGCCCAGCACAAGUUUACCCUACCAUUUGCUCUCCGAACCCUGGGCGUCAUCACAGAAGAAGAUCUCCUCACAGCUGUAGCCGACCUGGUUGCCGUAUGCAACAGCGAAGCAAACGAUGCUUCCGAAAGCCUGGUCAUGACUGUCCUGGCUGAGCUCUCAUUACUCAAGGUGGACGAGUUGCAACUCGGUCGUGCUGCGCGGCGGAUAAGUGCAGACAAACUGGAGGCGUUGUUGAAGCGCCUGCUUACACUCUUGCAGUUGCUUCUGCUGCAAUCGAGUGAUGCCUUGUUUGUGGAGCGCCCACCUGCCGUUCCGGCGCUGAUUGUCAUUGCCACGACGCUCGUGGAUGCUUUGGCGCUGCGCCUUGUCACUUCUCCCGAAGGGGCUGCGCUUCUGGAGUCGAUGCAACGGGCCAUCAACGCGCAUCUGGCGAUUGCCCAGGCCGCUGCGCCUUUGCUGGGAGUGCUCCGGGCUCUCCAGAACGCUAAUAAAAACCCCAAGCAAACGCGCAACAUGCCUCAACGGGUGCCCGUCUAUUCGCGAGAAACUCUCGUGCUGUAAUGAAGCCUGUAUGCCAAGGAAUUUUAUCAGAACCAGUCUUUCGAGGUGUUUUGUUGUUCUUGCUUUUGUUUUUGCAUGCG